GCCCUACUUUUUGGUAAUAGCUCUUGUAUGGGAUCCCAAAUGAAUAUCAUCAUGAGUUUUCCCAAAAGGGGAAGGGAUGUCUCCAUAGGGUAAACUUGUAAGUUUCCUGGUCAGGGAACCAAAUGUUGCAUCCUUUGGGGGACCUCAGAGGGAGGGGGACUAGGAGCCCACCAUAAUGACCCUUCAUACUGUAAGUUUUUGCCAUCUGUUAACUGCGACAGCCAUAAGCAAUGUUCAGGUAGUUACAACAUACAAACUUGCAGUGACGAACAAUCAUUGUGAAGAAAACAUUAACUCAAAGUGUCUAGUCAACUAUGUGAAGUAACCAAAGGCUAGCAGUGCCCACCUGCACCAGUAUGGGAUGGGAAGCAACUCUGAUUGGAUACAGGAAGCGCUGUAUGGGCUGAGCCUAGACAGUGGGCUCCAAGAGGCAGGAGGUGCCCAUGGCCUUGCUGAGUACCAGACAAUUCAAGUCUGCCAUGACUAGCAGACGUUUCACAUUCUGCAUUUUUGUGAUCAAGCUCACUGAUGCCCAAGCAUUCUUGUCUACUUGGCAAAACACGUAGCAAGACAGCAAUUUUUCCUGAGAGCAAACACUGACAAAACACCUCUGUAGGAUUUUCUGAGGAUAGUGACCCUGCUUCCUUUUGAAGCCCAGGGAGUUUGAGGUGGCAAAAAUAGGAGGGUGGGGCCCAGGUCAUGCAGCAGCCCCUCCCUACUCUCAACACCACUCCUGCCCCGGAGCUGUAUGGUCUGCAAUCCAUUGCCUUCCUCCCGGGUGGGAUGCAGACCUACUCCUUCUAGAUUGACAGCUGCUCCUGGAGCAUACAAGGAUGUCACCUUGGACAGCACCCUUCUCAGACCCCACUUCCUGUGCCCAUCUGACAGGCCUGUCAAAUGGCUCCCAACUACCAAAUCCAAUGGGCUCUUCAUCCCACAGCUCUUUAACAACAGCCCAGAUAAAGCUGCUUGGAGAUCUUGGUCCUGUUUGCCAACUCCAUGAUCUGGGGCACGUCUUCCUGCCCCAAAUGAGACAAGCACCAAACACCUCUUGGUGUACCAAAAAGCACCAAGAAGAAGUCAUAAGCUUGGCACAAAUCCUGGCACACAGGGAUCACUGAGUAGAUAUUCACAAAAUUGAGGAGCACUGGGUUAAAAUCAAUGCUGCAAGGCACAGGCCUGUAAACCGUGCACUGGAUUGGGGUUGGGGGGCUGACACUGGAGGAUCACUCGGUGCAAAGCCAGCCUGGGCUAUAUAGUAAGUUCAAGACCACCAUGAACUACACUGUGAAACCCUAUCUCAAAAAACAAUGUUCCAAAGAUGGCAGGCCAUACUUUGCUAGAUGAGGCUUUCUGCCCAGCAAGAUGCAGCCCCUGUGUGUCCAAUCGCGCCCAACACUGCACGGGACUGAACAGGGAACAGUUCUGCCCUCCAACCCUUUCCACAGCCACUGAACUGCCACCAAGGACCGCGUCGACGGCAAGCCUCGGAAGUGUUUGAGUUCGCUGCUGGACUGUCGUUACCCCUGGCGAGUGGCUUCGAAGUCUGGCAAAGGCAGAUAGAGCAGGGGGUGGAGAGCCGAACUACCCUUUCCCAAAAGCAGAGCACCCUACGGUGCAGGAACAGCGCUAACGCUGGGAUAACAGAGGGGAGGCCAAGCCACUGCGGGUACCAGAGAAUCGUGCAUGGGCACCCCGAAGAAGGAUUCGAGGGUGUGCGGCCCCCGGGGCUUCCAGCCAGUCCACGAGUAUCCGCGGAUUCGGGCGCGAAACCCAGGUCGCUGAAAAGCGGCCCCUGGCGGCGGCGGGGUCCCCAGCAGUGCCAGUUCCAAUGGCCAAGGGCAGUGACUACAAGGUAAAGAAGGAAGCGGCCGCGGCUGGCUCACCGGAAGUGACGUUGGCCGGAAGCGCGCCGGGGGAUGAGUCAUGGCCCAAAAGGCCGAGGGACAGCCGUCUGAAGAAAUUUUGUUGCUCUGGAAACGGGAGCAAGCCCGGCUGAAGGCCCUCCUGGUAGACCGAGACACGGAGGCCUGGCAACAGGAUCCCGACUUCUCAGGUCUGCAGAGAGUUGGGGGCGUUGAUGUGUCCUUCGUGAAAGGGGACAGUGUCACUGCCUGUGCUUCCCUGGUGGUGCUCAGCUACCCCGAGCUCGAGGUGGUAUACGAGGACAGCCGUGUGAUCAGCCUGACAGCCCCCUACGUAUCAGGCUUCCUGGCCUUCCGAGAGGCGCCCUUCCUAGUAGACGCGGUGCAUCGGCUGCAAGAGAAGGAGCCAAGCCUCAUGCCCCAGGUCCUUCUUGUGGAUGGAAAUGGGGUGCUCCACCACCAAGGCUUUGGAGUAGCCUGCCACCUUGGCGUCCUCACAGGGCUACCCUGCAUUGGGGUGGCCAAGAAACUCCUACAGGUGAAAGGGCUGGAGAACAAUCCUGUGCACAAGGAGAAGAUUCGGCUCCUGCAGGCUGGGGGAGAUACAUUUCCUCUGAUGGGCAGCUCUGGGACUGUCUUGGGGAUGGCCCUGAAGAGCCAUGACCACAGUACCAAGCCCGUGUACAUCUCCGUGGGCCAUAAGAUGAGCCUGGAGGCCGCCGUGCGCCUGACCCGUCGCUGCUGCAGAUUCCGGAUCCCGGAGCCCGUGCGCCAGGCUGACAUCCGCUCUCGAGAGUACAUUCGCAGGACUCUGUGUUGCUCCGGGCCACCUGCACCAGGGCUGGAGAGGAGCCAGAAGAGACCAGGAUCAAAGGCACAUCCCAAAGGAGGCUCAGCAGGGCCAGCAGAAGAGGGCAGGUGCACUGAGGACCCCAGCAGAGACCUGGGACAGACCCAGAAACUAUGCAACCAGGAUGCCAGAAGCAGCAGGGCAAAGCCUGGCAGUCACCAGGAGCUGGGCACCAUGAAGAUGCCAACAGCUAGCCUCCCACUGCAACCUCAGGAAGUAACUAUCCUGAGGAAAGGCCUCUCGGGAUGCUAGCAACCUCCCCAAGUGGAAAUGCUGACCAGAGCACCCAGCAGGACACCUCUUGCACUGUUGGCUGCCCUGCCUCCUCCAGCAUUCGGUGAUCUGGGUGGUCACUGGCCCAGGACAGAUGUGCCCAAGGCGAGUGCCAGACCAGAACAUUAUGAGAUCACCCACCCAGAGCACACAGAGGAUUGGGGGUUCAGGUGCCCAGCAGGCCAGAGACUGACAGCCCACAGUGGGGUUGACAGGUGGCAGGUAGGUCCAGGUUCCCUAGUUCUGGGUCAGGAUGGAGAGGAGAGGAAAGGAGGGUCUCGAGAUGAAAGUGCCCAUGUGCUGGAUGUGCCAGGCUCUGCUGUGCCACACACACACAUGCUGGCAUCCAGCCCAUCCAAAGGAGACAGCUGCCAGGCUCCCCACCCAGGCCCCAGCACCCCCUGAAGUAGAGUGCUCUGGCCCUGCCCAGAACCUGUCUUCUCAUGGGGAUGCCCUCUGCCUGCCUUCCUGGGGUUUACCCGAGACAUGGAGGGAGGAUGGGGUGCCUAGUAGUGGGGUCUCAGGGCAUGGCCAGGCCCACACAGACUUCAGCACACUCCUGGGGCUCCCCCAAAAACCGCCUGAACCCAGGGCGGGGGCUCACAGCUGCCCCCACCGUCUGGCCUCCCAAGCCCCAGAGGACCAGUGGCUGCUCAGAAGUGCAGGGCUGAGGCUCAGCAGAGCUGUCUCCCUGGUGCUUUGGUAAAGCGCGUGGCAGGUGGGGAUAAUGCCUGUCCUCCCUCCUUGUGGCUGGGAGGUCCCAUGAGGUGACAUCCAUAAGGGGCUUAGCAUGAAGCCUGACACGUGGUGGUACCUGGGUAGAAAGAAGCUGUUAGUUUGGAGAAACGGGACCCACAGAGAUCAGGCCUGAUGGCCAUGCUAACCAGAUGACAAGAAACCAGGUAGGAGUUCUAUUCUACCACCCAGCUAUGGGUGGGGUAGCCCUGGCUUCAGCUCCCUCCGGCUGGGCAGGCAGGAGCGGCCUCCUGGGGUGGUGGCCUGUGCUCCCCGUCAGGAGCCCCUAGUUCCAUCUGGAGGCUCAGAAGUGGUGGCCCCAUGCAGAGGCAGCUUCAAGGGGGGACAGGCAGAGGUGGCCACGCCCCCUCCAUGGGGCCUGAGUCUUCACAAGGGACACAGCCAGUACCCACAACAGGCCUGCCCAGCACACACACACACACUCAUACACACUGCCUCCCAGUGAGGGGCGGCCAGAGCCCCAAGGAAAGUGUAGAUAAACUGCAGUGCUGGGGGUUGGAGCCCAGUGCCUGCACACACGGGGCCAGCACCCUGCCCCCAAGUCUCACCUCCCCUGCAGACAGCUUUCGUGUGCCUAGUUUUUGUUUUGAAAUUAAACUCACCGUGACUGGGGAUUUAGCUCAGCAGCAUAACUCCUGCCUUGCAAGCAGGCAGUCGUGAGUUCCAUCCCUGGUACCGAUGCAAAGGAAAAAGACAAAACAAGCAAACAAAAAACAAACAAACAAAAAAAUCCACAACAUGUGAAAUUAAACUCACUGUUCCAGGGCUGGGAGUUUAGCUCAGUGGCAUAAGUGUCUGCCUGACAAGCACUAAGGUCAUGAGUUCGAUCCCCGGUACCAUAAAAUUAAAAUAAAAUAAAAUAAAAAAUAAAAUUCACAAUUCUA